UUCAUACUUUAGACACAAAAUUGUCAGUAACUAUGAUUCAUCUUUUUUCUAGUUAAGGUCUACUGCUUCAGUCUCUUUCAUAUACUUUUUUUAAUAAUUAAAUUUUUAUAGAAAAAUUUAUAAAGUUUCAUAGAUAUCAGCAAUUCAUAAAUUCCAAGGGGUUUUCAGAUAACUACUCAAAAAAAUCACUAACAAAAAUUUCACUUCCUUUUUUUUUUUUAAAGUUUACAUGCGUACAGGAGACUAACUGAACAUUAUUAUGCCCAGUCAGUCACACGGUGACAGAAAAAAAGUCACCACCAUAAAAGGAUGUCUGCCUAAUCUCUCUUAGAACAACAUGCCAAGGUUAACCUACUUCAAUUUGGUCAAAUCCUGACUGCCACUACAUAGAGGCCUGAACAAGUCACUAAGAGAGACACGUGAACACCACUGACAGAUAUAAAAUGGACAACAAUUUUACCACACCAUCUACAGCCCCUCAGGAAAGUGACUGUGAUCUCUAUGCACACCAUGACACAGCCAGGAUAUUAAUGCCUCUGCAUUACAGCAUUGUCUUCAUAAUUGGGCUUGUGGGAAACUUGUUAGCCUUGGUUGUCAUUAUUCAAAACAGGAAGAAAAUCAACUCUACCACACUAUAUUCAACAAAUCUGGUAAUUUCUGAUAUACUCUUUACCACCGCUUUGCCUACGAGGAUAGCCUACUAUGCAUUGGGCUUUGACUGGAGAAUCGGUGAGGCCUUGUGCAGGGUAACUGCUCUUGUAUUUUACAUCAAUACAUAUGCAGGGGUGAACUUCAUGACCUGCCUGAGCAUAGACCGGUUCUUUGCUGUGGUGCACCCUCUACGAUACAACAAGAUGAAAAGAAUUGAACAUGCAAAGUGCAUUUGCAUAUUUGUCUGGAUUCUAGUAUUUGCUCAAACACUCCCAUUACUCAUAAAAUCUAUGUCAAAGCAGGAAAAUGAAAGGACUACAUGCAUGGAAUACCCAAACUUUGAAGAAACAAAAUCUCUUCCCUGGAUUCUGCUUGGUGCAUGUUUCAUAGGAUAUGUGCUUCCACUCAUGAUUAUUCUCAUCUGCUAUUCUCAAAUCUGUUGCAAACUCUUUAAAACUGCCAAACAAAACCCACUAGCUGAGAAAUCCGGUGUAAACAAAAAGGCUCUCAAUACAAUUAUUCUUAUAAUUGUUGUGUUUAUUCUCUGUUUCACACCUUAUCAUGUAGCAAUUAUUCAGCACAUGAUUAAGAAGCUUCGUUUUCCUAAUUUCCUGGAAUGUAGCCAAAGACAUUCAUUCCAGAUUUCUCUGCACUUCACAGUAUGCCUGAUGAACUUUAACUGCUGCAUGGACCCUUUUAUAUAUUUCUUUGCAUGUAAAGGUUAUAAGAGAAAGGUUAUGAAGAUGCUGAAACGUCAAGUCAGUGUAUCAAUUUCCAGUGCUGUGAAGUCAGCCCCUGAAGAAAACUCACGUGAAAUGACAGAAACUCAAAUAAUGUUACAUUCCAAGUCUUUAAGUGAAAAAUAAAAAGAAAUUAAAUCUUGGAUGUAUAGCAAAGUAAACUGUAUGACAAACUUUGCAGGACUUUUCUUAUAAAGCAAAACUAUUCUUCAACUUUCAAUUAGAACUCCUAAAUUCUUUUCAAUGGGCACUAUAUUUCCCUUCCCAUCUCCAACUUGGAAGUAACCUGAUAAAUACGUAUUUUUUAUACUCAGGAUAAUAAUAUAAAGCAAAAUUCUAAUUUUUAAACAAAAGAUUAUACCAAAAGGGAGACUAUAUUAAUAACUUAGUACAGAAAGAAUAGUUUUGUGUUAAUGAAAAAUUUCAUCAUUCACAUUUGCUGCCAGCAAUCUGUCAAAAUAAAAAAGACAGUUAAGAUUGUAUAUAGUCAGUGUAAAAAUGUUAAUAUCAUAACAUAUUUCUUUUUUUGAUAAUGUAUUUCUUCAACCCAUUUUUUUUCACUCUUAGACUUUAUUUCCUCAAUAACACAACCUUUUUGUUUUGUUUUGGGUCACAAAAUUUUGUUUCAAGGAAUUCUUUUGGAAUAAACAACAGGAUUCUACAAAA